AGGAUUAGGUUUGAAAGCAAGACCAGCGAUGUGGAAGAAGGCUCUUUUGGGCUGACAAAUCAGAGCACAAAAUGAGGAUGGUUUGCUUUGGAGAAGGGAGUAUAAAUAGUGGUAGGGAGAGAACUGGAGAUUGUGGUUGAGGAUUUUGUUGAAUUGCUGUUAUACACGAAUUUACCAUUAACAAGAGAGAGCUCAAUUGCAAUUGACGGACCAGAAGUUAUCGAAGAUGAGCAGCAACCCAAACAAUCCCAAGUUGAACAUUCAAGCAUUCGCAGACCAAUCUGGGGAAUACAAGAGAAAGGCGAGUGUGUUCAGAGAUUUCAUUUCCAGUAGUGCAGGCUCCAAGUUUUUGCCAGAGAAGAACAGGUAUCAUUUGUACGUCUCCUAUGCGUGUCCAUGGGCACACAGAACGUUGAUUGUACGAGCAUUGAAGGGCCUAGUCCCAUUGAUUGGAGUGUCGGUGGUUCAUUGGCAUAUGGACAACAAAGGAUGGAGAUUUCCCUCAAAGGAUGAUCAAUGCGAGGGAGCAACACCCGAUGAGAUUUAUGGGUUUAGAAGAAUUCGAGAAUUAUACUUAAAGGCCAAUUCAAACUAUGAUGGCAGAUUUACUGUUCCUGUUUUGUGGGAUAAAAAAAACGAAACUAUAGUUAAUAAUGAAAGCAGCGAGAUUAUUAGAAUGUUCAAUACCGAUUUCAAUUCAUUCAGUGAAUUGAGUGAUGCUCAAAAGAAAUUGAAUUUCUAUCCGGAUGAAUUGAAGGAUGAGAUUGAUGAGCUAAAUGAAUGGAUUUACGAUAAUAUUAAUAACGGCGUUUACAAGAGUGGUUUUGCAACAAAACAAGAAGUCUAUGAAACUCAUGUCAAAAACUUAUUCAAGUAUCUAGGUAAAGUUGAAGAAAUCUUAAAGGAGAAUUAUACCAAGAAUGGUGAGGAAAAUAGUGAGAAAAACGGGUUCUACUUGGUUGGUAAUCGAUUAACAGAAGCAGAUAUUAGAUUGUACACUACCAUUAUCAGAUUUGAUGCUAUCUACGUUCAACAUUUCAAAUGUAACUUGGGUAUGAUCAGAUAUGAUUUUUCAUAUCUCCAUAAAUGGGUCAGAUAUCUCUACUGGAAGAUUCCCGGGUUCAAAGAAACCACCAACUUCGACCACAUCAAGUUCCACUACACCAAGUCCCAUCCUGCUAUCAACCCCUAUGGAAUCACUCCCUUGGGCCCAAAAGUCAACAUUUUGCCAUAUGAUGGGUAGAAUGAGUGUGCCACUGACCUAAAAUUUGUUUUUCUAUAUAAUUUAACGUCUUUUAUACAAUAAAUAAAACAUAGCUAUAUUACUAUUAUUAUUAACAUUAUUAAUAUUCUGUGACCGCGGGCCAGCCAU